GGAAUUCAAAGUCUUUUUUCCUUUUUUGGUUGCAGAAAAAAGAAUGAGUUCUUCAUCCGAAAAGGCGUUCGAAAAUAAAAAUAAAAAUUCAAUAGGUAUUAUUUUUCGAUAUGCUGAUGGAAAAGACAUUUUAUUAAUGUUUUUGGGUACAAUUGGAGCCAUUGGAGAUGGUAUAUCAACAAAUUGUUUGUUGGUAUAUGUUAGCCAACUUUUUAAUAGCUUGGGUUAUGGUAAAACUCAACAAAAUAAUCACAAUUUCAUGGAACAAAUUGAAAAGUGUAGUUUGUAUUUUGUACUCUUGGGAUUGGGAGUCAUGGUUGUGGCCUUUAUGGAAGGUUACUGUUGGAGCAAAACAAGUGAGAGGCAAGUGUUAAAAAUAAGGUACAAGUAUUUGGAAGCUAUUCUUAGGCAAGAAGUUGGUUUCUUUGAUUCACAAGAAGCUACCACUUCUGAAAUUACUAAUGGUAUUUCUAAAGAUACUUCUCUCAUACAAGAAGUUCUUAGUGAAAAGGUACCUCUAUUUGUUAUGCACACAACAGUUUUCAUCUCAGGAAUUGUAUUUUCAGCCUACUUCUCAUGGAGAUUGGCUAUAGUUGCCUUACCAACAAUAUUUCUCCUCAUAAUCCCUGGUUUAAUCUAUGGUAAAUAUCUACUCUAUUUAUCUGGAAAAUCCUUCAAAGAAUAUAGCAAAGCAAAUGGUAUUGUAGAGCAAGCACUUAGCUCUAUUAAAACAAUAUAUUCAUUUACUGCUGAGAAGAGUGUGAUUGAAAGAUACUCAUUGAUUCUUGAUGGAACAAUAAAGUUGGGAAUGAAACAAGGAAUUGCAAAAGGUCUUGCUGUUGGUAGCACAGGGUUGUCUUUUGCUAUAUGGGCUUUACUUGCUUGGUAUGGAAGUCAUUUGAUUAUGCAUAAUGGAGAAAAUGGUGGUAGAAUUUAUGCAGCUGGAGUUUCAUUUGUCUUGGGUGGAUUAUCACUUGGGAUGGCUCUGCCUGAGGUGAAAUACUUCACUGAAGCUUCUGUUGCUGCCUCGAGAAUAUUUGAUAGGAUUGAUCGCGUACCAGAAAUUGAUGGUGAAGACACAAGGGGACUCGUGCUCGAAGAUAUUAGAGGAGAGGUUGAAUUCAGGAAUGUCAAGUUUACAUAUCCUUCUCGCCCAGAUACCGUUGUCCUCAAGGACUUCAAUCUUAAAAUUGAAGCAGGCAAAACAGUAGCCCUUGUUGGAUCAAGUGGAAGUGGAAAAUCCACUGUCAUUGCCCUGAUUCAACGGUUUUAUGAUGCUAAUGCAGGAGCUAUAUGUAUUGAUAGAGUAGAAAUAAAGUCGUUGCAGUUGAAAUGGUUGAGAGGGAAAAUGGGGUUAGUAAGUCAAGAAAAUGCAUUAUUUGGGACAUCUAUUAGGGAGAAUAUAAUGUUUGGGAAAGUUGAUGCAACUAUGGAUGAAGUUGUGGCUGCAGCAAUGACCGCGAAUGCUCAUAAUUUCAUCACGCAACUUCCAGAUGGAUAUGAGACCAAGAUUGGUGAAAGAGGAGCACUUCUAUCAGGUGGUCAAAAGCAGAGAAUUGCGAUUGCUCGAGCCAUUAUAAAGAAUCCUGUGAUUCUUCUGCUUGAUGAAGCCACAAGUGCACUUGAUUCUGAAUCAGAAACACUUGUUCAAAAUGCCUUGGAUCAAGCUAUCGUUGGGAGAACUACACUGGUUGUUGCCCAUAAGCUAUCAACAGUAAGAAAUGCAGACCUCAUUGCAGUAGUGAGUAACGGUUGCAUCAGUGAACUAGGGGCACACAAUGAGCUUAUGGAGAAAGAUGGGCAGUAUGCAAGACUAGCAAAACUUCAAAGACAGUUCAGCUCUAUCGAUCAAGAACAAAGCGCUGAACCUCGUAUUUCUUCAGUAGCAAGGAGCAGUGCAGGAAUGAGAGCAAGUCCGGCUGUAACUGCCUCACCCUUGCUCAUUGAGGAUAGCCCCAUACAAGCUUCACCUCAUCCUCCCCCUUCCUUCACUCGGCUCCUUUCGUUAAACUUACCUGAAUGGAAGCAAGGAAUUAUUGGAAUCUUAGCAGCCAUUGCAUUUGGUUCAGUGCAACCUGUCUAUGCACUAACCAUAGGUGGCAUGAUUUCUGCUUUUUACUCGCCAAGUCACGAGGAAAUGCAAUCUAGAAUUCAGAAAUACUGUAUGAUUUUCAUCAUCCUUUGCCUUGUCUCAGUUAUUCUCAAUCUUUGCCAACAUUACAAUUUCGCUUACAUGGGAGAACGCCUGACCAGAAGAAUAAGACUGCAAGUGCUCGAGAAGAUUUUGAGCUUCGAAGCAGCCUGGUUUGAUGAGGAACAGAACUCAAGUGGAGCUUUAUGUUGUCGAUUGAGCAAUGAAGCAGCCAUGGUGAAAUCUCUUGUUGCUGAUAGAGUUUCACUCUUAGUCCAAAGCACUUCAGCGGUCACUGUUGCUAUGGUAAUGGGGCUAAUUGUGGCUUGGAAACUUGCACUAGUUAUGAUCGUUGUUCAACCACUCACGAUUCUCUGCUUUUACACACGAAAAGUCUUACUAUCCACUAUGACAGCUAAAUUUGUUAAGGCACAAUGUCGUAGCACUCAAAUUGCUGUAGAGGCUGUUUACAAUCAUAGGAUCGUGACGUCAUUUGGGAGCAUAUAUAAGGUUCUUGACAUCUUUGAUGAGGCACAGGAUGAGCCAAGGAAAGAGGCUAGGAAGAAAUCUUGGUUAGCUGGUAUCGGUAUAGGAUCAGCACAAGGCCUAACAUUCAUUUGUUGGGCCCUGGAUUUUUGGUAUGGCGGAAAGUUAGUUAAUGCUGGAGAAAUAUCAGCUGCUGAUGUCUUCAAGACUUUCUUUAUAUUAGUCAGUACUGGAAAGGUAAUAGCUGAAGCUGGAAGCAUGACUUCUGAUCUUGCCAAGGGAUCAACAGUAGUUGCUUCGAUUUUUUCCAUUCUUGAUCGAAAAUCACUGAUCGAAGGAUCGCAUGAGGCAAAGAAUAACAGCAUAGGUACCAAAAUGACCGGUCGAAUAGAGAUGAAAAAGGUUGAUUUUACAUAUCCAAGUCGGCCUGACAGGCUAGUGUUGCACGAAUUCAGCCUGGAGGUGAAAGCAGGCACUAGCAUUGGACUGGUUGGGAAAAGUGGAUGCGGAAAAUCAACAGUAAUUGCGUUGAUUCAAAGAUUUUACGAUGCAGAUAAAGGAUCACUGAAAAUCGAUGGGAUGGACAUUCGAUUACUCGAUUUAGGAUGGUAUAGAGGGAACAUGGCCCUUGUAAGUCAAGAACCAGUGAUAUAUUCAGGCACUAUCCGUGAAAACAUUUUGUUUGGCAAACUUAAUGCAUCUGAAAAUGAGGUAGUGGAAGCUGCAAAAGCUGCUAAUGCACAUGAAUUCAUUUCGUCACUUAAAAAUGGAUACGAGACGGAAUGUGGUGAUAGAGGUGUGACAAUUUCAGGAGGGCAAAAGCAAAGAAUUGCUAUAGCACGGGCAAUAAUACGUAACCCAAGUAUACUACUUCUAGACGAAGCAACGAGUGCUCUGGAUGUUCAGUCAGAGCAACUUGUGCAGGAAGCAUUGGAUCAACUAAUGGUUGGAAGAACGACAGUGGUUGUGGCGCAUCGCCUUAAUACUAUCAGGAAUUUAGACUCCAUUGCUUUUAUUUCAGAGGGGAAGAUUUUGGAGAAAGGAACCUAUUCUUACCUUAAGGAUAAACGAGGCGCAUUUUUCAAUCUUGUCAAUCUUCAAUCCACAUAAUA